UUUCUCUCUUCUCACACACUCUUAUCUCUCUCUAAUUCGCUUCUCACUUCUCAGAAUUUCCGGCGAAACUCACCAUCGCCGCCGUCUCGGCCCCCUUUCUUCCUCAUUCUCGGUGGACCGACCAGAACGUGUGCUCUUCUUCGCUGCCGCUGUGGACCUGUCGUUGCGGCCUUCUUCACAGGCCACAGCCUCAACUCAACAGCAUCAAUAAGCCUUAAUUCUACUUGUUCAUCAGGUUUCUAGUUUUUAGAUGUUGUUUCUGAUGAAAUCAACUGUCUUUACAACUGCCAGAAUACUUCUGUAGUGUUGGGGCAUGGUUCUGUACUGUUUCUUCUCCACACACGCUUGUGCGUCGUCAUAAAGAAAUUAACAUGCUGGCAGCUACCCGGAUCCACCCUGUUAUCAAUGUCUCCAAAAGAGGAAGCUUUCUUAAUAAAAGUAAUCCUGCAAGAGUCGCAUCUUUGCGCUUCCAGUACCUUGCCGAGAAAGCUAGUUUUGCUGAAGGAGCUAAGACCUUGAAGCUUUUAUCUUCUGUUCAAACGAGGGAGCAUAGUUUUGUCCUGAACACAGAUGGCCAUGCAAAUGUCUCCAUACCGGGAGAAGAAGAAACAAGUGAAGCACCUGUAUUGAACCUUGAGUUGAGUACUUUCUUGAGUACAUGGUCACCUCCUCGGUACUUAUGGAGAGGAUUGUCGGUUCUGAUUUUGGCGGGGCAGGUGACUGUGAGAGCUAUUAAGGGAAAGAUUCACUGGAAAAACACUCUUCAGCAGCUGGAAAGAGUUGGGCCUAAAUCAGUAGGCGUCUGUCUCCUGACAGCCGCUUUUGUUGGCAUGGCCUUCACCAUCCAAUUUGUAAGGGAAUUCACCAGAUUAGGGCUGAACAGAUCCAUCGGUGGGGUUCUGGCCCUUGCUUUUUCGAGGGAGCUGAGUCCUGUAGUCACAUCAAUUGUCGUUGCUGGGCGUAUUGGAAGUGCCUUUGCUGCAGAGCUGGGGACUAUGCAAGUUUCAGAGCAAACCGACACACUGAGAGUGCUGGGUGCAAACCCCGUUGAUUACCUGGUGACGCCAAGAGUGCUGGCUUCGUGUAUCGCUCUCCCCUUGCUAACUCUGAUGUGUUUCACCGUGGGGUUGGCGUCGAGCGCCCUCCUAGCAGAUAGCGUCUACGGCAUCAGCAUUAACAUAAUCUUGGAUUCUGCACAAAGAGCCCUCCGAGGGUGGGAUAUAAUCAGUGCGAUGAUCAAGUCGACUGUUUUUGGCGCGAUUAUAUCGAUUGUGAGCUGCGCGUGGGGUGUCACCACCUUGGGAGGUGCCAAGGGCGUUGGCGAGUCGACCACGUCAGCUGUCGUCGUCUCCCUUGUCGGGAUUUUUAUCGCGGAUUUCGCUCUUUCUUGUUGCUUUUUCCAGGGAGCUGGAGAUUCCCUCAAGAAUUGUAUGUGAUACAAUCACCAUGGAUGGCUGCAUCCCUUUGUUUGACACAAGCACUUGAAAAUAUGAUUAAAGUGGCUUCUAGAAUUUGCUAUA